GAAGCUGUGUCGACUGCGGCUGCGGCGCCAUCGGAGGAAAAGGCAUAGAUUAGACUGUCUUGCUCCAAGGAACAGGUGUCCCUCCGAGAUGCUGCUUCCUGGUUUCCGUUUACAGGUACAGAUCGGGAGUGGCGGAGGGAGGAGCUUGCUUUUCUUAUCCUGGCCUAAGAAUCGGAGAGUAAAGGCGUGCAGAAGUUUAAAAAGUGGUGGAACAAGGGACAGGAAAUCUGGAACCCAGCAAAAAAGACCCAAGGCCCAAGCCCCCUUGACCCUACCCUCUUACAACAUCCCUGGCAAGCUGGAUGGAGGGGGCCACAGAAGGAUGUGGGUUGAGAAGCCCUAGAAGAGGAAGACUGGGCAAUGUGUGGGAGAGAAAGGCAGAAGCAGAAGCUGAGGCAGAGCUAUGGCUGAUGACAAAGAGCUUCUUCGUGUGGUCAAGGACUUAAAGAAUACUGUGACUGAGCUAAACAAAAACUACCGGGAACAAGGGCUACCAGUGACUGAUGGUAGUCGGGAGCUGCAACAGUUCUGUGCCCAGCUGGAGUUCUUGUUGCAGUAUGAUUUGAAAGAGAAGAGAAACCUCUUUGGGCAGAGGAAAGACUACUGGGACUUUCUGAGCCGAGUCUUGACAAGGCUGCACAGCGGUGUACAUGCAGGAGUGCAACACAUUGCCACCCUGAACAAACUGAAAACAGGUGUGGGGAAGGGACGUGCUUUCAUUCGCUAUUGCCUGGUCCAUCAGCAGUUAGCUGAGACUCUGCAGCUUUGCUUCAUGGAGCCAGAGGUCAUCAGUGAAUGGUACUACGCACGCAGCCCCUUCUUGGAUGAAAAGCUGUGGAUGGACAUCUUGGGCUUCCUCUAUGAACUAGAUGGUGUUGCCUUUCACCUGGCACUCCGCAGGGGAGAUCUGGAUGCUGCAUGGCCUAUGGUCUCAGAAGCUUUGCCACGAUGUUCCAACCCAGUUGCUGUGCACUUUCAGGAGGAGAAAGCAUCACCUGAGGCUGAGAACUCAAACAGACAUUGCGGGAGCUACCAAGGAGCCACCAAAAGUCAUGAGAGAGCACAAAGAACCAUCUGUGACCAACAGGCCAUUGAAUCGACUGCUGAUGAUCUACUCAGGACUGGGAUGGAACAUUCCGUGGAGAAAUGGGUUGGCAUCUGGAGAAGCAGAAAGAACAAUCUGCUGCAGAUGGGUUGCCUCCUGAAGCUGAACCCUUUCAUGGAAAGGGAUCCUACUCCUAGCAAGGAGAUGCAGAGGGCAAAUGGUGAACUGCAGGUCCAAGUGGACAAGAAGAGCAGGGAGCAGCCAGGCAACAUCUCUUCCACCCAGGAACUACACUCCCUGAUUUCUCAGUCAGAACACUGCCUCUAUGGAAAGAUGGAGAGACCAUCUACUGAAGGUCUUGGCUGGUGGAAGCAGAAGGAUUUCAGAACACCGAUGUGGGAGCUCGGCACUUUGCAGCAAAAGCUGGCCCAGCAGCAAGAGGAGAACAUAGCUCUGAGACGAGCUCUUUCUGAGGAAAACCAGUCUCUGAAAGAGGAGUUGGCAAAACAUGAGCAGCAACACAAGGAAAAAAUGGAUGAGGAGGAAAAACAGCAACAAGAGCUGGCCGAGGUAGUAAGGGCCCUCAGGGAGGCAGAGCGCAAGGCAGCCAACCUGACCAGCGAAUGCCAGGAGGCCUGGUCCAAGAAAGAUGCUGCUGAGAGGUCUCUACAGGAGGCAGAGCAAAGGCUGAGUUCUCAGGAGGCAGAGAGGAGGAAGCACCUGGCAGACAUUGAGGCCCAAGAGUUGAGGCAGCAGCAGCUGGUCUCUCGGUGCCAGAGGCUGCAGGAGAAACUGAAGGUGUGCGAAGACAGUCUGGUAAAGUGGGAAGCCCAAGCAGUGGUCCUGGAAAGCCAACAUGGCCAUCUGGAAAUGGCUGAAGAGCAGCCAGAAAGGAUGAGCUGGAAGGCAGCAGAAAGGGAAAAACAUCUGACUAUGUUGGAGUGGAAUCUCCUAAGGGAGAAAUUGGAAAGAAGCCUUUCUGAGAUACAAGUGCUAGAGAGAGAGAAGGAGGUUCUUAUGGAAACUCUGGUGUCCCAGGGGCAAAGCGUGGUGUUUUCAAAGCUAGAAAUUCAGGACUUUCAGAAGGAGCUGUCAGUGUGCCGAGAGCAUGUUGUCACUCUCCAGGUAUCUCUAGAGAAGCAGGAGAAGGCCCUCAGGCUCAAGGAAGCAGCAAGUCAGGACUUGCAAAGAGACCUAAAGGACCAGUCAGCCCAGCUACAGGGAGUCUUGGAGAAAAAUACUACACUGGAAGCUCGGUUAGAGGAAGUGGCCAAUAAGAAGUCUCAGUUGGAAGCUCAGGCUGUUGAGGAGCAAGCCAGGUACGAAAGGACUUUGCAGGGACUGGCGAGCCAGAUGGGAGCUUUUGAAAAUAAGGUGGGCAUGCUGCAAGAGGAGAGACAGCAGCUCCAGGCCACCUUGCAACAAGCCAUUGAACAAAGAGAAGUCUUGGCAAAGCAAGCAGAGAGCAUGAUUGCUGCCCUGGAGGGACAGGCCCAGGAGGCUAUGCAGCUUAGGAGCGAGCUGGAGAAGUUCAAGGCCGCCAGCCAAGCACUACAGAAAGCCUCGCAGGAGGAAAACGAAGCAGUGGCCUCAGCUCUAAGGGAGGAGUGCCUGCAGCUGAAAAAUCAAGUGGAGCAACUGGAGCAGGAGAAAAUGAGAGUCACUAGCAUGGCAGUGAAGCUGAGCAAAGAUUUGAAGCAGGGUUGGGAAUGGCCCACAGAGGAAGGUGCUCUAGAGAGGACAUUGGCUCCUUCUGCCAUUGUCAUGGACCCAACCAAUGGAGUUGGAGAUGAAGAAGCCAAGGGCCUAGUCAAGAAGAGGGGCAUCACAGAGGAAAAUAGUCGUGGAGUGGCAGGUUCGCAGCUGAUGAACAAAGAGGUUCUUCAGGUUGAUGUACUGCAAGAUUUGGAAAGUCCUGUCAAGAAGGGGGCCAGUGCCAAGCAUAGAACAGAAACCCAUGAGAAGCCUCCAUACAGAGAUAUGAUCGCCAGGAUUCAGUGGAAAGAAGCCUUGUCAAUUCAACUGGUUUAUAUCUGUAGAAAAUGUUUAACUCACUAUCUGAAGAAAAUAACAGAUGAUGUUCAGCAAGCUAAGCAAAUGCUCAUGGCCAAGGAAAAAACAAUGACACAUCUCAUGGAACAGCUGAGCCGGUCUCAGCAGGAAAAAGACCAGCUGCUGCUUUUGCUGGAGAAAAGCCGCCAGGAAUCAGAGGAAAAGGAGAAGAGAUACAAAGGAGAGCUGUCAGAGCAGGGGGAGCUCAUUGGCAACAUGAAAGGGAAACUGCUGGAAUUACUGCGGGAAAAGGAUGCCCUGUGGCAAAAGACAGAAGGCAUUGCUUCCCAAGUGAAGGCAUCUUCAGCUCCUCAGAACUCAGGAGUGUGUGUCCAGUGCAAAAAGGAUUUCAGGCUCAUGUCACGCCGAUACCAGUGCAGGUUAUGCCAGAACAUGGUUUGUCAUGCCUGUUCAGUGAGCAGCGGGCACAAGGAGCGCUGCUGCCAACCAUGCUACCAGAAGAGAAAUGCCCAAGACACCUGAACGUUAGGCUCACCAAGCCAGCACAUUCUAUCCAGUGGCACUGGCACUGCAAGUUCAGUAAAUAGCUCCCUCCCUGAGUGCCAUCUGGGAAUGGAUGCAACUUCCUUUGUGGCAUUGGUUGCAAACUAAUCCAAAAGAAGAGAACCGUAUGGUGACAACUGGAGAUGUUGCAAUGAUAACAAGGAAUCACUUAAAAAUUAAAUUCCAGUCAAGAAUGAGCCUGAAUAUCAUGGAUAUUCAAAUGGUAUAGGGGCAUCUCUUGUUAUUCCCAGACCCAACACUAGUAGUUAGAAAUCUGUUUAUAUCUGGCAUUUCUAUGAAGCAUGCAGCAGGCACUCUCCACUUGCCUUCAGCCCCUGCAGCCAAGGAUUUCCAAAACAUCACAUUUGAGGGAUAUAAUGCAUUGGUUGAACAACCAGAUGGAUAGGGAGAGAAUAUACUGUAUUUUCUGUCCACCAUGAGAUGUGGAGAGCUAUUUGCAGCCUUAUAUUCUGUUGUGGCUUGUUGGAGUUGCUUCGAGAAGCAGGCACAUGAAGCAUUGAUAUGGUAUUGUCACUGAACCCCAGUAUAGAAUUUGAGCAUAUGCAAGCUGGCAAUUUGAAAGGGAGCAACUUCAUGGGAACUCUUCCUGUAUUCUCCCAUGUGUGCUUAGCUACAACAGCAGUAACACAAAAGGAGAGACAUUUUGCCAAACAAUACUGUGACCACACCAAGUUCCCAAGAAUGAGUUUUGCUUUCUACUGCAAUCUUUCCUACUAUAGAUGGUGGGACCACUUGAGGCAGCUGGGAAGGUGACUGAUGUAGAAAAACCAUGGGAGAAGACAAUCCCUAUCACCACCAUGGAUAGCAGAUGUAAUGGCACCAACUCACUCUACUUUAUUUAUUUUUAUUCUGACAAUCGCUAUUGAAAACUGGAAUCCAUAAUUUAAUCAUGUAAUUGCUAUGGAAGAAAUUAUUAUUUAUGGAGUGGGGAUUUAAGAAACUAAUUUUAAAUUAAAAUCAUUUGGAUGGUU